AUGUCGAACAUUGUGUUGUGCUCGCAUUCAGAAGCAGAUGCAGAUCCUGAACAAGUACGCUGGUUAGAGGAACUCUUGCCUGACAACUACAAACAUCACAUAUGUAAUGUAAAAGUAGAAGAGGAGGGAGUAAAGGUCACAUUGAGGUUAGCUGUUCCGAACGAAGAAGGUGCUAAAGAAUGGCUGGAAUCCAUGCAGAAGUCGUCUUUGGCAACUUUUCGAGUGGAAAGAACUCAUCCCUCCUCUGGUGAAAAGGUGUUGUACAAGAAUGAUUUUCGCUGCCAACAUAACACCAAACCAAGAUCAGCAACAGCUGAUCAACGCAGGGGGUCAAAGAACACAUCUUGUCCAGCGGGCCUGAGUAUUGUUGUGAAAGUCAACACCUUUGAAAGGUCAGACGGGAGAAAAAGGAAGUGCAGGUCAUCUGAUCCUCAUAUGCCUGAUCAUCCGAUGGUUGUGAAAUUCAAGUCCACACAUAACCACCCUCUUAGGACGGCAGAUGCUUUGAAGCAUAGGGAUGUGAGUGAAGACGUUAAGGAAAAGUUCCUGGAUUUGUUCAGCAAGGGCUACACUCCUUCAAAGGCACUGGCACUGCACAAACACGAUCUUCAACUCCAACACAACGACAACUACAUUUUCGUCAGUGCAGAUAGAGCCAUCACACCUGAUUUGCAAUACACUUACAGGUUAUACUACCAGACUUUCAAAAAGGAGUAUAGUGAACCCAAGGGAGAAAUUGCCCUUAAGGAGUUGGAGAGGAGAAUCAAGGAUGGUUUGCUUGGGGAUGAUGUAAAAUUGUCCCUUGUUGGGCCAGGAGGAUCACAAGCGGCCAUUGCCAUAGUUACACCACUGAUGAGACGCGUCCAUAAACUAAUAAAACAUUCUGGCGAAGUCGUGUUUAUUGACACUGCAUGUACUGGGAACAUGGACCGCCAAGGAUGUAGAGUUUAUUCGCUCUUGACGCACAGUUGUUGUGGAGGACUACCACUUGGAGUGCUAGUUACAACUAGUGAUAGCACAGAAACAAUGACAGAGGCACUGAAUUUGUACAAUUCAGUAUUGGAUGACAGUGCGUAUUUUGGGCGUGGGAAAUCUGGGCCUGAGCUCUUUAUGACAGAUGACAGUACGUCGGAACGGCAAUCACUUCAUGCCGUCUACCCUGAUGCCACUCUUCUCCUUUGUGUCUUUCACAUGCUUCAAGCAUUUUGGCCUUUCUUGUGUGAAGCUAAGAAUGCAGUUAGGAAGGAAGACAGGCCACAUCUGUUUUUUUUGUUGAGGGACAUGGUGUACUGUGACACUGUUGAAGCAUUGGAGGCAAAGCAUGAGGAAAUCAUGAAAGACAAAACCUUGGAGACAUAUGCAAAUGUACGUAGGUAUUUGGAGAACAUCUAUGUCAGAAAGAUGUCAUGGGCUGUGUGUUACCAAGCUGACCUGAAUGCCUGUAACAAUAACACAAAUAACUUCGCAGAAUCUGCCAUGCGCGUAAUGAAGGAUCAGAUCCUUGAGAGGACCAAGGCCUAUAAUGUGAUCCAGCUAGUGGACUUCAUUGUCACAAGGCUUGAGACAUAUUAUGAAAGACGGCUUAUCGAUAUAUGCAACAACAGAUUGGACAGGGUGCUCCAGUCUCGAUUUCUGCCAAGUAUUGCUACUGGAUCAGAGAUUGAUCCCAACAAAAUCGUGAGGCUUGAGGACAGUCAGAAUGUGUUCUUGGUUCCUAGUGAGACAGAUGAUACAACAACAUACAUGGUAGAUACUGCUCUUGGUGUGUGUGAUUGCAGGAAAGGAAUGGCAGGUGGCCCAUGUAAACAUCAAUAUCUGGUUAUCAAGAAGUUCAACAUCCAGUGCUGCUGGAACUUUAUUUCUGUUAACGAUUUAUCAAUGAGGACACUGUUGUACGAGGUGGCUACAGGCUGUGCAAAUGCCCCAGAAGAACGAGCGGACACCAACUUGAUAAUGGAGUCCAUGAACAACUCAGCAGAUGAAAAUGAUGGUGCUGACGAUGAUGACGACAGCAUGGAGUCAAUGAACGAUUGGGAAAACAGAAAUGAUGGAGCUGACUGCACAGAUGUGGAGAUGUCAGACAGUGGACAAGAUGUUGUGACGAAUCCACGGCUAGCAAGUUUACACUUGCAACGCUCUCUUCGAAGCCAAAGGCAGUUCGGUUGCACAUCAAAAUCAAGUGCUGAGGAGAAUGGAAGUGACCCAAUACUCAAUGAGCUAAACAAGGCAGUUCUUGCUUUACAACAACGCUACAAAGGAGACAAAGAAUCCUUUCGAAGACCUGUACAAAAAUUCACCAAGAAACUUCUGGGUUUAAAUUCUGGAACCAAUACUCGAUUAGCUUCUGCGCUUGACUGCUUUGGCCGUUACUCUGGGGUGGGAGGUGCUCUGGGCAAGAAAAAAAAGAAAAGAACCAAAAAAAGUCUCUGAAGAUUCUAGGAGCAUCUAGGAGAAAGAUGGUUGGCGGUGGCAGAAACUGCAUUGGUGCUGGCAGACCAUCAAAGGAUUGAUUGAAAACCAGGAAAGAAA